CAUGGUCAAUGAACGGAGCGUGACGUUCACCUGUCAGUGUGAACUGUGCAGCUGUCACAUUUGAGUGUACAGGCACCUAGCAAACGACACGUACUCCCAUUUUUAAAAGCAUGGCACGAGGGCAUCAGAAGAUUCAGUCCCAGCAGAAAAACGCCAAGAAGCAGGCGGAGAUGAAGAAGGCCAAAGGUCACGAUCAAAAGACGGCGGCCAAGGCAGCGCUCGUAUUCACCUGCGCUGUGUGCAGAUCUCAGAUGCCGGACCCCAAAACCUUCAAGCAGCACUUUGAGAGCAAACACCCAAAAUCCCCUCUGCCCCCUGAGUUAGAGGGAGUGGAGGCGUAGGUGGUCGUCGACAUGGAUACUAAACUCUUCAACCCUGUGCCGGCUCUGCUCUCGUCUCAGUCUGACAGCAACGGAUGAUUUCACGUGACCAACAUGAAGCACUUGUCUAUUAAUUCUUUAACAGGCCGGGUCAAGUCCGGUGUGCUCGCCUUCGCAGACCUGUAAGACCUGUGAACGAUGAAAAGUUGUAAAAGGAGAUGGCUUCUUAUUCAGCUUCCCUGAACAAACUGGCGUAUUGGAGUAUUUCUUGCUGCCCGCUCUUGUCUCUUUACGCUUUAGCUUUGGUGGAUUGAUCGCUCGAGAUAAAUGCACAGUGUUUGCUGAAGUUACAGCGGUGACAAAACUGACCUCAUCUUCUUAAUUAGUGCUUUGAGCGCUGAAUGGAAACGGGGACUGUGAAUCUUUAUCCAUAAGUGCUCAGAGCGUAAAUCGUCCUCGGUCGUGUCUGCCUGGUUAUUACUGCAUAUUCUCAUUUUAAUUCAUCAUAAUUUCGUAAUUGUUUCAGUAAAAAAAAGUGACAUUUUGAUAGCCAUUUCCAAGCAGCUGGAUGAAUUGUAAACCAAUGAAUGUAUGCUCCAAUGAUGAAUUGUUAAGUCAUUUUAUUAAAGGUUCACUUUGUUGUA